AUGCCGAAGAAGAAAACUGGUCAACGAAAAAAGGCCGAAAAGGCACGAGCUCGCCGGAAAAUGAUGGAUGCCCAGCGGUCCCAUGUGGAUCUUAUUAAUCAUCCAUCGAAUCUUAUUAUGGAAUGUGGCCAGUGUGGUAAAAGGCAAAAAAAUCGGGCAUUUUGCUACUUCUGUCAGUCCAUUCAGCGACUGCCCAUUUGUUGCCAAUGUGGCAAACAAAAGUGCACCGGAAGACAAGGUGACUGUCUGGUGAAGCAUCGUGCAGCCCAUGCAACUGGUAUGGCCAUGGUUGGCGCUAUCUGUGAUUUUUGCGAAGCCUGGGUAUGUCACGGCCAGAACUGUAUCAGUGUUCACGCGUGCGAAUGCCCGAUGCAACGUUCCGCGUGUGCCGAAUGUAGCCGCACACUGACCGAGCACGGUGGACGGUUAUUCUCGUGUGCAUUUUGUCAACAAAUGCUUUGUGAAGACGACCAGUUCGAGCAUCAGGCCAGCUGUCAACGCUUGGAAGCCGAAAGCUACAAGUGUCCAUCCUGUAAUCGACUGGGUUCCAAUACUUGUCUGAUGUGCAAAAUCACAUUCUGUGACGAGCAUGCCAAGCGAAAAGGAGUCAAGUACGACAGGGGCAGCGCAAUUCCUUGCCCGAAAUGUGGUCACCCGCUCACAGAUAGCUACAACCUCAGCAUGUCCAGUAAGUUCGUCGUUCACUGUCUCUUAUAUGUGUAUAUUGGUUUUCCCUCCAUUGACUACCACCGGCCUAGGUCCAUUUGUUAA